CUUGGUGAUUAACUCACGCACGCCCAAGCCUAACGUUGACUCUAGCUGAAGUCCAGCAACAGCUCUUCUUCCUCGAAAAGCCCCGUUAAUGGUGGCGUCUCCCAUUCUGCUUUCCUUGUCCGCGGUCAGUCAAUUCUCUCCCCGUCCCGCAAUCAUCCACAACGUGCUCUCCCUUUCCCCCGCCACGUUUAACCCUUUUCCGUCUCUCAGACCUCCCCCCCCCGGAAUUCCUCCAUGGAUUCUGCUCUCCAGGGCGUCCUCUCCGCCGCCGCCAGCUUCCUCGCCGUCACUAUGAUCUUCUUCGUCAUCUUCGUCCUCUGCAAGGAGCGCAAGCGCCGCGAUCUGCCUGCCCUGGCCCAGACCCGGACGGUCCCCAACUCGGAGCUCUCCUCCAUCACCGUCAGCGAGAGCGCCUUGUUCGACCCUUCCCUGAACCGACUCUCCAUGCCGGAGCUCAUCAAGGCCACCCGGAACUUCUCUCCCGACCUCAUCAUCGGCGACGGUAGCUUCGGCCUCGUCUUCAAGGCCCGCCUCUCCAGCGGCGUCACCGUCGCAGUCAAGAAGCUCUCCGCCGACGCCUUCCAGGGUUUCCGCGAGUUCCAGGCCGAGAUGGAAACACUAAGUAAGAUCGAUCACCCCAACAUAGUCACCAUCCUGGGCUACUGCUCCACCGGGUCGGACCGGGUCCUCAUCUACGAGUUAAUCGAGAACGGCAGUCUCGACCAAUGGCUGCUCGACACGUCAUCCUCCGUCCCCAGGUUACCCCUGUCCUGGGAAGCCAGAUUGAAGAUCACUAGGGGCGUUGCAAAGGGUUUAGCUUAUAUGCAUGGUUUGGAGACCCCCAUAGUUCAUAGAGACAUUAAGGCUAGUAAUGUGUUAUUAGACUCUGAAUUUGAGCCCCAUAUUGCUGAUUUUGGGUUAGCUAGGAGAAUUGAAGGAUCACAUUCCCAUGUUUCCACCCAAGUGGCCGGAACAAUGGGCUACAUGCCGCCGGAGUACUUCUACGGCUCCACCGCCGCAACGGUGAGUGGGGAUGUCUACAGCUUUGGGAUUCUGAUGCUGGAGAUUGGCACCGGGCUGCGGCCCAAUUUGCCGCUGGGUGCGGAGGAGGCGGGCGGGAAGGAAGUCAGGCUGGUGGAUUGGGCUCGCAAAAUGGUGGCUCAAGACCGGCAAUUGGGAAUGCUGGAUCAGGGUGUUUUGAGGGACGGCUUGAAGGAAGCCGCGGUUGUGGAGUUCUUCAGGAUUGCUUGCUUGUGUGCUAGUGAGACAAGUAGGGAUAGGCCGGAGAUGAAGGAGGUGGUGGACUUGCUGAGUAAAAUCCCGUCAUGAAAAAUUGCAUUUUAGGGCAGCUGUGGAGGAUCCCUUUUUGUUGUUGUUGCUGUUCUUGUUGUGAUGCUUCUUGUUCCAGUUGUCAUUUUUGUGCAUGAUCUUGAGGAUCAGGCGAGGUCGUGAAAUGGGUGUAAAUAGCCUAUGGAGCCGAGUGGCAGAGGUAAAUUAUGCAAGCAAUAUUGUUUCUAGUUCAAUGAUGGUGUAAAGCAUGUUUACAGACGUUGCUAAUUUGAAGAUAAAUGUGAUAUUAUCAUUCAUGAGGCAUGCUUGAUUAUUGUCUCACAAUUA